AUGUCGCAUCCCCGCACGGAUACGUCUCUCUUGGUGAUCGGUGCAGGAUGUGGUCGAACUGGAACAGCCAGUUUGAAACAAGCGUUGGAGAUCCUCUUCCAUCGUCCAUGUUACCAUAUGCAUACUAUCAUGGAGAAACAUCCCGAUCAUCCCCAGAAAUGGGUUGAACUGGACAAUCAAGUGACGGAAUCCAUGCGUCCCGGUGGGAAACCGGUUGAUGCGAGGCUAAUUCAAGACCUACUGCAUGAUUAUUGUGGUGCUGUGGAUUUUCCGGCCGCCUCGUACUAUUGGCAAAUAAUGCAAGUCUAUCCGGAUGCGAAAGUCAUUCUAACUGUACGAGACACGAACAAGUGGGUUGAAAGUGCCCGUGCCACAAUUAUACCAGCAAACGGAAGACCCAAACCCCCGUGGUUCGUUCGUUGGGUAUGGUUUUUACGUGUUGGUCGUUCUCCGGGUGAAAUGCCCAAUCGUUUUUUCAACCGCACAUUCGGUGGCGAUGUGUUUCAAAUGGAUGAUGAACAGCUAGGCCGAGCAUUUGAUCAGUGGAACGCGGACGUGCAACGUAAGGUUCCAAAAGAGCGUCUACUCGUGUAUCGUGUGCAAGAUGGAUGGGAACCGUUGUGCAAGUUCUUGCAAAUGGACGUCCCGAAUCAACCGUUUCCGUGUGUGAAUGAACGCGAUCAGUUCGGGCGUCAUGUGCGAUUUGCUCAUGCGUUGAAUUUCGCUUUGGGAAUCGGAAUUCCACUGGGUGUGACAAUCCUCGCGGUCGGACUUGGUCUGUAUGCAUGGCGGGGUCGACGGUGA